AUGUCAUCCGCCAUCUCAUCGGGAGAGCUCGAAGCUUCCCUCAACAACCUCAAGAUCUCCACCUCGUCCUCAGAGCAAUCGCCGUCGGUAUCGCCCGCGCCCGGCGCCACCAAGCCAUCCAAGAAGCCCGCGAACAAGGUCGUCGCCGAGUCGUGGGAGGACGCGGCGUCCGACUCGGAAGGGUCGGGCACGGAGACGGAGCUCGACGGCAGCGCCACCUCGCCCGUCAGCGUCUUGAACAAGCACGCCGCGGCCGAAGGCCCGCUGGCGCCGCCGCCGACGCCCGCCUCGCCGCAGUUCGACGGCGGCCACGCCAGCACCAUCGACGCGCGCUUCGCCGCGGCGCAGCAGCGGCAGCAGCAGCAACGCGCCGCGGCGGCCACAAUGCCAACACCGAGCUCGGAUGGCCCCGCGCGUCGGCCGGAGAAGACGACGUCGGCGGCGUCGCGGAUGAUUGCCGCGGGCUUGGGCAUGAGGGCGCCGAAGCGGACGGACGAGGAGAGGGAGUACGACCGCGUCAUGCGCGAGAAGGAGCGGAAGAGGCGGGAGAAGGAGAGGGAGGAGGCGGCGAAUGCGAAGAACAGGGAAGAGGAGGCGAAGAAGGCAAUUUGGGACGACUAG